GUUGUGCCAGACAGUGUGCAUUGUUUGUAUAGCUAUUCUGAUGGUCUGUGUGUAUAUGUGUAUGUUCACAUUUGGUCAGUGUUUCUGUGUGUGUGCAUGUGUGUGCGUGUGUGUCUUGUGUACUGAGUAGUAAUGUCCAGCACGGAACAUCUCAGUGUUUCUGUGCAAAUGGGAGAUGAGGUGGGAAGUCAGGUUGGCCAGUCCUGCCUGAAUCCUUAUAUGUGUGCGUUGUGUACCCUUCACACAUACCCGCAAGUUUUCUCCAUUGGGGUCCUGCGUGAGUCCCUGUGUGUGCUGGGGGAGCCAUCACAGUGCCUGGUUACCCUCUGUGUUUGCCCAUCACUGUGUCCCAGAAGUUAAUCCCACCAGCCCAUGUCAGUGUGAAUCCCUGUCAGGUUGGGUGAGUUUGUGUUGUGGGGCCAUCAACCCUCAUCACACACACACAUACACACUGAACCCUGCAUCUGGGUCCCGUGCACGCUCACUUGCUGUGAGAGCCAUCCUGUACCUCCCUGUCUCUCAUGUGUGCCCAUCACCAUGUGCUUGGGAGGCUGCCUUCUGCUGAGCCCUGGGUCAGCCCCUAGGUGGAUGUGUGUCUUGUGUGAUGAUCACACACAUACAUACACAGUGCCCUCCAUCUGGGACCAGUGUGUGUGGUAGGUGCCAUCCCUGCCCCCCCCCCACGUGUGUUCAUUGCUAUGUGCAGGAGUGGAAGUGCCCUGGGGACCCUGUAGAGGUUGUGUAUUGUGGGGCCUUCGUGACCCCUGUACUUGCUGGCUGACGGCACCCCUCUCUCCCUGUCCUGCAGGCCCCAGGGAGAGCCAUGGCCCGAGCACAUCAGGAGGGCAGCUCCCCGGAGCCCGUAGAGGGCCUGGCCCGAGAGGGCCCUCGCCCCUUCCCGCUCAGCCGCCUAGUGCCCUCGGCUGUGUCCUGCGGCCUCUGCGAGCCCGGCCUGCCCGCCGCCCCCGCCGCCCCUGCCCUGCUGCCAGCUGCCUACCUCUGCGCCCCCACCGCCCUGCCCGCUGUCACUGCCGCCCUAGGGGGCCCCCGCUGGCCUGGGGGUCCCCGCAGCCGCCCCCGAGGCCCACGCCCCGACGGUCCUCAGCCUUCACUCUCGCCCGCGGAGCAGCACCUGGAAUCGCCGGUGCCCGGCGCCCCGGGGGCCCUGGCGGGCGGCCCCACCCAAGCAGCCCCGGGAGUCCGGGGGGAGGAAGAGCAGUGGGCCCGAGAGAUCGGGGCCCAGCUGCGGCGAAUGGCGGACGACCUCGACGCACUGUAUGAGCGGCGGAGACAAGAGGAGCAGCAGCGACACCGCCCCUCACCCUGGAGGGUCCUGUACAAUCUCAUCAUGAGACUGCUGCCCUUACACAGGGGCCGCGGAGCCGCCGAGAUGGAGCCCAAUUAGGUGCCUGCACCUGCCCGGUGGACGUCGGGGACUUGGGGGGCAGGACCCUCCCACUCCUGACGCCCUGGCCAGCGCAGGGGACGUUUUCUGCACCAUGUAGCAUACUGGACUACCAGCCCUGCCUGUCCCGGGGGCGGGCCAGGGCAGCCACUCCAGACCCAGCCCCGGCCUAGCCUGGGGUGCACUGAUGGAGACGUGGACUCCUGGGUCCCUGGCUGAGAAGCCAGGGGAGAGAGGGCUGAUGGACUCAGCGUCUGAAGGCGGCGGUGACCGAGGGGGUGGGGACUGAGCCGCCCGCCUCUGCCGCCCACCACCAUCUCAGGAAAGGCUGCUGGUGCUGGCUGCCCGUUCCAGCUGCAGGGGUGCCACUGGGGGGUCUCCCUCCCAGUGCUCCUUCACUUUGGGUCUGACCUCAGGCCCCUGGUGCUUCCCCCCCUCCUCCUGGGGAGGGGGCCCGUGAAGAACAAAUGAGCCAAACGUGACCACUAGCCUCCUGGAGCCAGAGAACGGGGUGCGUCUGACCGCUGCCCCAGCCCAGCGCCCAGCCAUCUUCCCUGAGCCAGCCGGCGGGUGGUGGGCAUGCCUGCCUCACCUUCAUCUGGGGGUGGCCAGGAGGGGCCCAGACUGUGAAUCCUGUGCUCUGCCCGUGACCACCCCCCGCCCCAUCAAUCCCAUUGCAUAGGUUUAGAGAGAGCACGUGUGACCACUGGCAUUCAUUUGGGGGGUGGGAUAUUUUGGCGAAACCGCCCCAGCCUUAGUCCCCAGGGCGAAGCGCUGGGGGGAAGACGGGGAGUCAGGGAGGGGGGAAUCUCAGAAGAGGGAGGAGUCUGGGAGCGGGGAGGGAUGGCCCAGCCUGUAAAUUACUGUAUAUGCGCUGCUGUAGAUACCGGAAUGAAUUUUCUGUACAUGUUUGGUUAAUUUUUUUUGUACAUGAUUUUUGUAUGUUUCCUUUUCAAUAAAAUCAGAUUGGAACA